AUGCCAGUGAAAGCCAUACAGAAGUUGUCUCUGGCCAGGAAUGGUAUUGGCGCGUUCGUUAAGCCAUGCCAUAAGAUCACAGUCCAGUUCUGUAACUGGGGUGGUUCGUCUCAAGGAGUCAGAGAUUUGUUGGUCGAUCCCGAGAAGCGCUUCCAGAAAUUCACAACGUCAAAUAAGGACACCAUGUUCGAAAUCGUUAAGAAAAGCGGACACCCCAUGUUGACAUUCCAUUACAGCACGGGGAAAAACAGCGUGGUCGAUGUCAAAAACUUGGUCCCCACCGAUAUUGUGGCCAAGCUAGAUGAGUACAUCAAAAGAGGUGGAAACAAUCUCUUCAAGUUCAACCACAAGGUGAUGUCUGAAAACGAGUCUGUGAGAGGUGUGUGGUCUCCUUUCCACGAGGCCAAAGAACACAGACACAGAAUUUAA